AAGAAAUACAACCUAUAUAUUUUGUGGGCCUAAACAAUAAAAUAACAAUAGAUGAUAAAGUAUUUAGCACCCCACCUCAAAAGAAAUAUAAGAAGGUAAAAAAACUUUUAAAACCGAACCCACCUGAACAUGCACUUUUGGGUGUAUAUCCAUAUAAUCAAAUAGAAUUCACACCGCCGGGUAUAAGUGCUAGGUUGGGUAAGAAAACAAAAAGUAAACAUUGGAAAUACGAUUGGAAAGGUCCCAAUACACAAUGCUGGUGUGUUGCCAAAAGUUACUGGGCAACACCCAAUACUGAAGAUAAAGAAGAAACCAUAGUAGACCCUUGGAAUCAAUUAGAUGAAACUUCCAUUUGUCUUGAAGACCUAGUGGUUCAAGAUAAUGAACCAAUUGAAGAAAGUGAAGAUAAUUUCACAAACCAACUAUAUUGGUUAGAACUAUUGGAAACUCUAUCAAAAAGGUAUUACUAG